AUGUCAAUCGCCGGUCACAGCGCAGCAUGUUGCGCCAUCCCGCCUAUCAACGCGAAGACUGAUGCCCCGCCAAAGGGACGGUAUGAGGAAAUUGGGGGGUUGAAAACUUAUGUGACAGGCAGCCCCGAAUCCACCAAAGCACUCUUCUUUAUCUACGACGUCUUCGGAUACUACCCCCAAACGGUGCAAGGUGCUGAUAUUUUGGCGUACGGGGAUGAGAAGAAUCAAUAUCAGGUAUUCGUGCCCGAUUUCUUGGGCGGGAAGUAUCCUGAUAUUUCAUGGCAAGUUUCCUCCCUAGCACGUAUUCCCAGGUAUCCCCCACCCAACCCCGAAAUCGAAGCCAAGUUAAUGGAAUACCUCUCAACCACCGCCGCUCCAGCAACCGCCAUCGCGCGUAUUCCAGGCAUCAUCGCUUCAAUUGAAGCCUUCUCCCCUACCAUCAAAACCUGGGGCGUAGUCGGCUUCUGCUGGGGUGGCAAGAUCAUCUCCGUCGCGACAUCUACGACGGAUACACCAUUCAAAGCUGCGGCGGAAUGUCAUCCAGCGUUUGUGGAUCCGAAAGAGGCGUUGGGGAUUAAGAUUCCAUUGUGCAUGUUGCCGAGUGGUGAUGAGCCAGUGGAAGACGUAAAGAAGUUCCAGGAGAAUCUGAGCGUGGAUAAUCAUGUUGAGACGUUUGCGGAUAUGAUACAUGGGUGGAUGACUGCGAAGGGGGAUUUUGAGGAUGAGAGGAAGAGGGGGGAGUAUGAACGGGGGUAUAAGGUGUUGUUAGAGUUUUUUGGGAAGUAUUUGUAG